AUGAAGGUCACGACCAUCCUGCUCUCCGCCCUCGCCGGCUUCGGCCAGGCCGCCGUCAUCUGGGACGGCCGGUUCAACGACUUCACCUCGGCCGCCGACCUGAACAAGUGGUCGUGGUCGAACCAGGUCGGGCCCUACCAGUACUACAUCCACGGCUCCGGCAGCGUGGACAAGUACAUCGCGCUGUCGGCCGACUACAAGAACCCGGCCGACACGGUCAGCAAGCAGGGGGCCCGCUUCACGCUCGACAGCACGGCCUUCUGGAACGGGCAGAACAUGCGGCGCACGGAGCUGAUCCCGCAGACCAAGGCCGCCAUCGCCAGCGGCAAGGUGUUCUACCACUUCAGCAUGAUGCGGGCCGACAAGAACGCGCCGAGCGUGAACCGUGAGCACCAGAUCAACUUCUUCGAGAGCCACUUCACCGAGAUGAAGUACGGGUGGAUCAGCGGCGAGUCCGGCACGAGCAACCCCAACCUGCAGUGGAUGGUCAGCCAGCGGAGCUACUGGAAGGCCGAGUGGAAGCCCAACGUCUGGCACAAUGUUGCCUACGAGAUUGACUUCAGCGGCAACAAGGUCGGCUUCUGGCAUUCCGAGGGAGGCGACCCGCUCAAGCAGGUCGUUGCCCCUGUGUCGGCAUCGACGUCGUCCAACGGUGCUGACUGGCAUCUGGGUGUUCUCGAGCUGCCUCGCUCUGGCUACAGCGACAGCAACGAGGACUUCUACUUCUCGGGUGUCUAUAUCGAGAGUGGCUCCAUCACGAAGGAGAUUGGCGGUCCUGCGGCUAAGAGGGAGGUCCAGUUUGCCGCAUGA